AUGUCUGGAAACAACCAGUUAGGAGUGCUCAAGGCACUCGAUGUAGCCAAAACACAGUUUUACCAUUUCACGGCAAUUAUUAUCGCCGGGAUGGGUUUCUUCACCGAUGCCUACGAUUUAUUUUCCAUUGCAUUGGUCACAAAGCUGUUAGGUCGCAUCUACUACCACAAGGCGGGCGCAGAGAAGCCCGGUACACUCCCACCAGAAGUGGCGGCAGCGGUUAAUGGUGUAGCUCUAUGUGGGACACUUAUGGGUCAACUCUUUUUUGGGUGGCUUGGAGAUAAAGUCGGCCGAAAAAAAGUAUAUGGAAUCACUUUGAUUAUGAUGGUUGUUUGCUCUGUCGCCUCCGGUCUCUCGUUUGGAAAUAAUUCCAAAGGCGUCAUGACCACUCUUUGCUUUUUCAGGUUUUGGCUUGGAGUUGGUAUCGGAGGUGACUACCCACUCUCAGCGACGAUCAUGUCAGAGUAUGCGAACAAGAAGACUCGUGGUGGAUUCAUUGCAGCCGUGUUCGCUAUGCAAGGGUUUGGGAUCUUGGCUGGAGGCAUCGUUGCACUAGUACUCUCGAGCAUUUUUGAUUACCAAUUCCCAUCACCGAUCUAUAGUGUAGACCCUGAUGGCUCGACGGUACCUCAAUCUGAUUACUUAUGGCGUAUUAUACUUAUGAUUGGUGCUCUCCCUGCAGCGAUGACCUAUUACUGGCGAAUGAAAAUGCCCGAAACUGCACGUUACACCGCUUUAGUUGCCAGAAACAUCAAACUAGCUGCACAAGACAUGUCGAAAGUCUUGCAAGUGGAUCUUAAAGCCGAGGAAGAAAUAGCAGAAAACAUGGUUACAGAUCCCAAGCUAAACUAUGGCUUGUUCUCCACAAAAUUCCUUAAACGCCAUGGACUUCCUCUCCUUGGAACUACAUCCACGUGGUUCUUGCUUGACAUUGCGUUUUACAGCCAAAACUUAUUUGAAAAAGAUAUAUUUUCUGCGAUCGGAUGGAUCCCAAAGGCGGCUACGAUGAAUGCCAUCCAUGAAGUUUACAAGAUUGCUAGAGCGCAAACUCUCAUUUCACUAUUCAGUACCAUCCCAGGUUACUGGUUCACCGUUUUUUUUAUUGAUAUUAUGGGAAGAUUUUCGAUCCAAAUAAUGGGAUUCUUCUUCAUGACCGUGUUUAUGUUCGCUUUAGCUUUGCCUUACGACCACUGGACCAAACCAGACAACCGCAUCGGAUUCGUUAUUAUAUUCUCCCUAACUUUCUUCUUUGCAAACUUUGGUCCAAAUGUAACUACAUUUGUUGUACCUGCCGAGAUAUUCCCAGCUAGGUUGAGAUCCACAUGUCACGGAAUUUCAGCCGCGGCAGGAAAGGCUGGAGCUAUCGUAGGCGCGUUUGGAUUCUUAUAUGCGGCUCAAUCAAAGGAUAAGACCAAGACAGACGCAGGAUAUCCACCGGGUAUUGGUGUCAAGAACUCGUUGAUCAUGCUUGGUGUUAUUAAUUUUGUCGGUAUGCUUAUGACAUUUUUAGUGCCAGAAUCUAAAGGAAAGUCUCUUGAGGAGCUUUCAGGUGAGAAUUUGAAUGAUGAGAUGGCUUCAUCCAAAGUCGGUAUCUCCAGAAGAAACUAA